UUAAAGUUUGUUUGUUCGCUGAAUGUGGCGUGUGAUGAAAACGUGUUACUGAUCCCGUUCGGCAAUAAUCAGAUGAAUCUGAUUUGGGACAUUUGAUACAUUCUUUGGACUUUCGAGACGCCGACAGUUGCCAUUACGCACGAAACUCAUUCAACCGACCUACUUUUUCCACCGUUGCCUUGAGGAGAGAACAACUAGGUUAGAAAUGGUGUGCUUGUAGUCAUACAAGGACUGAAUUACAGCAACGUUAAUGCCACUCACAAGCAAGGAUACGCGAUACGCGCGGAGAAGUCGAGCCGCGGAGAAGUCUGCUGGAAGAGAUAUCGGAGAGAGUUUGACCAUCCGGACAGUUUUGGUGAAUUGCAACUUCUGAGUUCCAGUUUGAUAACCCGACAGAUCAAAAGAUACAGUUGGUGUCUUGAACGAGAAAUUGACAUUCCUGUAGUGGCCAAGUUAAGCUCUAACGUCGCCAGCAGAUGGUUGCUAAGAAGGGUUAAACUGUAUCUAAAGGGAGUUGGAAAAUCCAGCCUUUCUUCCACACGGAUCAACUCAUUGGGUGGGAGCAGCGAGAGAGACAAGAGUCCCCAGCAAAUCAGCGGCUAAUUGAUUAAAGAGACUUCAUUUGAAUAGGGGGCUGGCGAGGUGCCAAUCGCCUUUCAGAGGACCCCCCCUCCAUGAUUAAUCGUGGGGCAUUAUUGAUAAUCAUAACGGGACACAUGCGCGGUGGAUGGGCUCGAUUUCCGUAAUUUUGAGCAGAUUUGAUAGUAUUUUUUAUUCUUUCGUGGCUGAUGCGUGAGCCAGCAUGUCGCGGAGGAAACAAGCGAAGCCGCAGCAUUUCCAGUCCGACUCGCAGCUGGUCCUAACCGAGCACAAUGGGGACACAGAGGCCAACUUGGACGACUCCCCCUGCAAAGACACGGGUGCUCAUGUCUGCGGAAGAUGUUGUGCAGAGUUCUUUGAACUAUCGGAUCUUGAACAACACCAGAAGAAUUGUACUAAGAAUCAAUUAGUUCUAAUUGUGAAUGAAAAUCCAGUGUCUCCCUCCGGAACCUUUUCCCCAGGCUCCUCUCCUCAUAAUCCUGAUGAGCAGGUGAAUGACACUUCUAAUAACACAGAUCAAGCAGAAUUGGAUGACCUUUUGGAGCAGAACAUACUUGACAAAGAGGAGGCCAUGGACACGGACGUGUCAGAAGUCUCAGCUACACAUAAUGAUAGCAGUGGACGUAUAGUGAGUGGCAGUCCACUCAGUGGUGCUGGAAGCAGCAAUGGAACUCUGGGCAGCACUGGGUCCAAUCUGGGAAACUCUGCCAAUUCUGCCACACUACCUCAGCUGGGCAACUUGACUGAGCUGGGUAAUUUUUCGAUGAUCAACAGUAAUGUCAUUAUUGAAAACCUACAGAGCACCAAAGUGGCUGUGGCUCAGUUCUCUCAAGAGACAAGAUCAGCAGGAGGUCAGAGGGUGGCUGUGCCAGCCCUCAUGGAGCAGCUUUUGGCUCUGCAGCAACAGCAAAUUCAUCAACUUCAGCUCAUUGAACAGAUUCGUCACCAGAUUGUUCUGUUGGCUUCCCAGUCACCUGAGCUCCAAGUACCACCAAGUUCUUCCCCUGUUACUUCGGGUUCAGGUUCUAGCCCACUAACCACUCUUAGUUCUCAUUUGUCUCAACAGUUGGCAGCUGCUGCAGGGUUAGCACAGAGCAUAGCUAGCCAGUCUGCAAGCAUUAGCAGUUUGAAGCAAAUUGCUAAUGCCACGCAGCUACCUCAGAGCAAUUCCAAUGUGGGAGAGUCAGCUCAAAGCCUUGGAGCACCGGGGGCAGCUGCUACAGUUAAUGUCCAGUCCUCAGACAAGAGGCCUGGCCAUACAGGAAGCUUGCAUCCUCCAGUAGGAAACACAUCACUUGCAAAAACAUCCACACCAGCCUUUGGGAUAGGAAGCCUUUUGAACCCUGUGGCUAAUACCCUUCUACCUCAGCCCCCACCAGGCAACUCAAUGUUUUCCAGUGCACUGCCCAGUGUUGGUACCACAGCUGAGGAUCUCAGCUCACUGGCUGCACUUGCUCAACAAAGAAAAGGCAAGCCACCCAAUGUUGCAUCCUUUGAACCCAAAAGUAGCUCUGAGGAUGCCUUUUUCAAACAUAAGUGCAGGUUUUGUGGCAAGGUAUUUGGUAGUGACAGUGCUCUGCAGAUUCACCUACGUUCUCAUACAGGUGAGAGGCCAUACAAGUGCAACAUUUGUGGGAAUCGCUUUUCAACCCGUGGUAAUUUAAAGGUUCAUUUUCAGCGACAUAAAGAGAAGUACCCACACAUUCAGAUGAACCCAUACCCUGUUCCAGAGCAUUUAGACAAUAUUCCAACGAGUACUGGCAUUCCCUAUGGAAUGUCGAUGCCCCCUGAGAAGCCAGUUACUAGCUGGCUAGAUAGCAAGCCUGUACUCUCCACUCUGACCUCUUCUGUUGGUAUGUUACUUCCACCAACUAUACCCAGUCUGCCUCCAUUCAUCAAAAAGGAAGAAAAUAACUCAUUGGCUAUAAGCAGCCCAUCUCAUUCUGCUAAAAGUGACUCAGGUCCAGCUGACACCCUCACAAAAAUCACAAAUAAUGUGUUGGAAGAAGGUGAGAGCACAACCCUGCCUACCUCAAAUGGAAAAACUGAAGAAAACAACCAGUCCUCCUGUGUAACCUCUCAUGUGAGCUCUGGAGGAGAGGGCACCAUUGAGUACACCACCUCCAACAGCCCUCCAAUGGCCACUAACCCACUAAUGCCCUUGAUGUCAGAGCAGUUCAAAGCUAAGUUUCCUUUUGGAGGUCUACUUGAUCCUUUGCAGGGCUCAGAAACAUCCAAACUUCAGCAACUGGUUGAGAACAUUGACAGGAAGGUGACAGACCCCAAUGAGUGUGUGAUCUGUCACCGUGUUCUUAGUUGCCAGAGUGCACUGAAGAUGCACUACCGAACACACACUGGGGAGAGGCCUUUUAAAUGUAAAGUGUGUGGUCGUGCCUUCACCACUAAGGGCAACCUGAAGACUCAUUACAGUGUCCAUCGAGCUAUGCCGCCAUUGAGGGUCCAGCACUCUUGCCCUAUUUGCCAGAAAAAGUUCACAAAUGCUGUUGUACUGCAGCAACACAUUCGAAUGCACAUGGGUGGCCAGAUCCCCAACAUUCCUCUUCCAGACAGUUACCCAGAAUCCAUGGGCUCUGAUGCUGGCUCAUUUGAUGAGAGAAAUUUUGAUGAUCUUGACAACUUUUCUGAUGAAAACAUGGAAGGAAUUGAGGAUGGACCGGACAGCAGCAUCCCAGACACACCCAGGUCAGCUGAUGCAUCUCAAGACAGCCAGUGUUCAUCCCCUUCUCCACAUGAACCAUCAGGCUUGGAGAAUCAGGAAAAGAGUGCCAACCAAGGAGAAGACGACAUGCACUGUGGACAAGAGAAAUUGGUGGAAAAUGGAUUCAUGGAAGGAGACAGAUACACAAAUGACUCCUCUUCACUUGGAGGCGAUAUUGACAGCCAAAGUGCCGGAAGUCCAGCUGUUUCUGAAUCUACCUCUUCCAUGCAAGCACUGUCACCCUCUAAUGGUACUCUCCAACAACAAAAAUCUCCAAGUCCUGAGGAUCGGCAGCAGAGGGCAUUGACAUUGGAGCAAAUUAGUGCAGGUCUUAUGCAGUCUCAUUCUGCCAGUCCUGGAGCUCUGGAUCUUACAUCAAUGAACCCAUCUAAAGAUCCUCUUAGUAUGCUUUUCCCCUUCCGUGAGCGAGGCAUCUUGAAGAAUACAGCAUGUGACAUCUGUGGGAAGACGUUUGCCUGCCAGAGUGCCUUGGACAUCCACUAUCGAAGCCAUACCAAAGAGAGACCAUUCAUUUGCACAGUAUGCAACCGAGGCUUUUCCACCAAGGGGAACUUAAAGCAACAUAUGCUGACCCAUCAGAUGCGAGAUUUGCCCUCCCAACUCUUUGAGCCCAGCAACAGCCUUGCAUCGAGCCCAACUCCAUCUCUUCUUUCUGUUGGACCCUUGUCAUCCAUGAUGAAGACUGAGGUUAAUGGCUUUCUACAUAAUAUUCAACCUGAGGUAAAAGACUUGCCUUCAGCACUGGUAACCUCAUCUGCUUCCACCUCUCCAGUACUCUCAGCUGCCCCACCACGGAGGACGCCUAAGCAGCACUACUGUAACACCUGUGGAAAAACAUUUUCCUCCUCCAGUGCCCUACAAAUCCAUGAAAGAACCCAUACUGGAGAGAAGCCGUUUGCUUGUACCAUCUGUGGACGAGCUUUUACCACCAAAGGAAAUCUCAAGGUGCAUAUGGGUACCCACAUGUGGAACAGCGCGCCUGCUCGGCGUGGUCGCAGGCUUUCAGUAGAUGGUCCCAUGGCUUUCCUAGGCACCAACCCUGUGAAGUUUCCCGAGCUUUUCCAAAAAGACCUAUCAGGUAGAGUUGGAAAUGGAGACCCAACCAGCUUCUGGAAUCAGUAUGCUGCUGCAUUCUCGAAUGGCCUAGCUAUGAAGACCAACGAGAUCUCGGUUAUCCAGAAUGGGGGGCUGCCCCCUCCACUGUCAGGGAGUGUGGGUAAUGGAGGCAGUUCACCAAUCGGAGGCCUGACAGGCAGCAUGGAAAAGCUUCAUAACUCUGAGCUUAAUCCUGCUCUGGCUGGACUUGAGAGAAUGGCCAACACCGAAAAUGGGGGUCAUUUUCGCUUCCCGCGCUUUAUGGAGGACAAGGAAAUUGUGACCAACUAGAAAACAGUUUUGUUGAACUCAUAAACAAACACAUGCUCUUCAGUCGACACACACGUAUGUCUCUAUAUAUGCGUAAAUGAAAGAGGAAAGCAAGAAAAAAAACUGAAUCGGCUUUUGCUUGCCAUUAAGACUUUAUGAAGAGAAGAAUGAGAAGAACUCAGUUUUUGUACAAUGUACAAUAUGUUAUAGUUUUACGGAGCUUAUUUAUUAGUGAUUAUAACCUUGCUCAAAAACCAAGUGGAAAUAUUAACAGUUACUUAGUUUUUAUGUUAUUUUCUGUUUUAUCAGCAGAGUCGAUCUGUGUUUUAAAGUGUGCUUUUGAAAAUGAGCUUUUCUUGGUAGAGAACUUCACCAUGGCAUUAAAUUAUUUUCUAUCUGUAGUAUGUGUUAACAAAACUUGAUGUUCAUGUAAUGAUUUAGAGCUUAAAAAGUGCAACGUAAGGCUGUAAAUACUGUACACUUAACUGUGCUAGAUUGUUUACAAGCUGUGUAGUAACUUUUAUCUGAGGAAUAUCGACAUUUCACGAAUCCAGGGAUACAGGUUAGCCCUUUUCUUUCAUAGAAGUUAAAAAGAAAAAAUAAAUUUUCACCUCAGCCAUUUAUUUUAGACCUUAGUGGUUUCUCAUCUUGACUGUUGUUUCAUUUUACUUUUACUGUGUUCAGUUUUGCUCUUGAUUUGUGCUUAUAGGAUACGAAGCAUAAAUUGUUGUUAAAUGACAACAUAAAGAGGUCCACGUUUGGGUUAUGAAAUAAGAAAAAAUCUGUGUUAGUUAUUUUUGUUGGGCUUUUAAAUUGCUGCUAAGUACUAGCGUCUUCGUUUGAAAUCUACUGCACAUCUUGUGUUGACGCAACAUGUACCUGGUUUUUCGGAUGUGGAGCAACUAAUUCCUUUACAAUUGUACAUAGUCUUACUCGAAGACAAAGCCCAUCUCGGCCAGGGGACAAAUGAUGAUAGUGUUUUUUUUUUUAUAAAUAUCUAUAUAUAUAUAUGGACUGUUACAUGCACUUUCCUGGAAAGUUGAAAGAUCUUUUAGGGCCCAGUUUCUCUACAGUUUAAUACUUACUAACAGCUAUACUGUAAUUCUUUACUCUAAUAAUCAAAUACAUCAGUUUUCCAAAAGAAAUAAUGUGUCGGUCUUUAUAAUUAUUUUUACAUAAAUGUUGUGGGGGUUUUUUGCAAACAAAUUUUCGGCCAGUCCAUGUUCUGUUCUGUUUCGCGGGACAAUUUCUCAGUUGAAUUAAAUACGUAAAUCCAAAAGUCGGCUACAUAUUUAACAUGAACGUGUCCGAGCGGUCCGUCCGGAUGCAAAUGCAAUUACAGAGGCUUCAUUAAAAAACAUGCAGGUCCGCUGUAAGUCAGAUUUCUGAGUUUAUCAUUCUGGCGGGUGACAGGUUUCAGCAUCUUUAAUUAAAGAAUCGAUCGUUUUAGAAGCCUCUUUCUUUCAGCGUGUGUUUAGAUAGAUUGUUUAGUCAUGCAUUUCCUCAUAAAGGAAACUUAUCAUUUAAGAUGUAAAUUAAAUUUACCAUCUUACCCAUCAUUACC